UUGAUAGAGGAUGGAGAAUGGAGCAGCCGGGUGCCAGGGAGCGUUCAGGGGCGAUAGCCAACCCAGACCGGAAAGGCUUUGGCAGCACCUGUUCUAGAGAGAAGCCUGAAGCUUGGGAGUGCACCAUGCCUCAGGUAUCUGUCGCCGCGAUUUACGGAAGGACCGACGACUUGGGGGUCCAGGUCCCCUCUUCUGCCUCCAUGCUCAGCAUGCUGCCCUCGCCUUUCUUGGGAUAUGCAGGGCCCUUGGGGCCUGACUGGUUGAUAAGGAGCCGUUUCCGGAGAAUGCAGGUUCCCUCCUCUCUCAGACCUUCAGUUUCCUCAUCUGUAAAAUGGGAAUACAUUCAGCUCAUUGGGUUGUGCUGCGAUCCUGAAUGGCCAGUGCACAGCCGAGAUAUAAGCCCCGUAGGGAAAGCGCUGAGCAGAGGAGGAGGCCACAGCCCGAUCUGCAGCAGUCCAGCCCUUGGGACUCCUUUCGCUUUCCACCUGCUCAUCUCUGCUUCCAGAGCUGUCGCCAUGGUGACGGUGCGCAGGCCGUGGCCCGCCAUGGCCACAGUGCUGCUGGCCCUGCUCGCCUGCCUGGGGGCGCUGGUCCACGCCUACCCCGCCAAACCCGAGGCUCCCGGCGAAGACGCCUCGCCGGAGGAGCUGAGCCGCUACUACGCGUCGCUGCGCCACUACCUCAACCUGGUCACUCGGCAGCGGUAUGGGAAACGCUACAGCCCGGAAGCGGCCCUCUCGAAACUACUCUUCCCCGACGGCGAGGACCGCGGGGUCAAGUCACGGCCAGAAGGCGCGUACAUGUGGUGACGACCCCAAGGGUUCCUGGGAGAUAUGCUAACUACACCGACCUCAUUUGCAUGGUUGCUCCUGACCCCGGAACCUGGGUUCCUCUCCCUGCCUGCUGCGCCUGGGGGGUGGGUGCGGGAUGGGGUCUUCAUUCCAUUUCUCCGUGUCCCCAGCCCCUGGGCUGGAGGGCUGUGUGUGGUCUUUCCCUGCUUCCCAAAUAAAGAGCAAAUUUC